UGUUCGAUAGGUACCUGGAAAACAGACGGAUUGUAUCUGGCGUAGCUGUGGCCAAAUCGCGAUUAGGCAGCGUGUAGUUUUGUGAACCAAUUUUCAGCAGAAUGAAUGCAAUUUCACCGACCAAAGUAGGACUUCUUUUGGUUCUUAUAAGUCUGCUGUUCACAAAUAUAGAUUCUGCUAAAAGUGUUUGUACACAUUGCAAGCAAUUCGAUCGACGUUGCAUCUGUAGGUGUGCGAAUAGACUUGUGUCAUUAGAUCCAACCAUCGUGCCAAAUUAUUGUAGAAAACGUUCCACUCCUGAUAUUGUUCAGAGUCACUCAGAGCAAGACACUACACAGACUGAAAGUUCAACAUCAACGUAUAUGAAGAUUAUGAACCUGAUAAAUCUUUUGACAAGAGCAAGUAACAGGGAUAGCCGAGUUCCCAUCAGUGAUUACAGAGAAAACCUGCAAUUAACGGACUAUUGAUUAAGCUCAUUUUACUUUCUUCGCUUGACUGGCAAAAGAAACAUAUCAAAUGUCAUCAAAUAAAAAGGGCACCUUAACAAGUUGUGCAUAGUCUAGCUGAUGUAAAUUGAGCAGAGCAUUUACCCAGCUUGUUUUUACUUCAAAUUAAUUAACACUUCAAUGUCAGGUCCUCUCUGACAAUCGAGGUCAUACUAUUUUGAAACAUGGAAAAGGCUGUCGAACUUGAACACUGGAGAUUUUUUUUUACCUUAGGAAACAGCACGCUAAUAUGGAUAAAAUAGCACUGUGUACCCACUUAUCCCCUAAGUGAAAUUUAUGUAUAGUCCUAUAAAGGUAAUUAAAUGACUAGGGGCUAUAACCUGUACUGAUAAUCUCACAACAAUACUGAAUACAUAACAGUACAGAUAUAGAAGAAUGAAUAUGACAUAUUGAGAACGAUAGCAUUGCAUAUUCCACUUUCUGAACAUAUUUAUUUGACAAUUCAAUAUCAACAGAAUUCUUUUUACUGUACAGUAAUGGAUUUCGGUGAAUCGUCUUCUGACGAUUAUUGUUAAAUUAUUAUUGGUAUUUAUGUAAUCUAUUUGUAAUUCUAUUUUUAGUUAUCACGUACAUUGGAAUGCUUCCAUUUGUGUAUAAUCACGUACGUUCGUUAUUUUUUUUUUCUCAUUUGAUAGUGAUCUGUACACUUAGAGUAUAAAAAUAAUACUCUAAAACCAACACCCAAUUCACACUUGAUAAAAUGUUACACGGGACGCGUACUAAAUCACGGGGUGAUUUUUUUUUUAGCACUGGACGCGUGUAACAUUUUUUGCUCGUAUGAAUCGGUUUCAUCUUAUGAGUUGUUAGUCAUACGAAUUCUGGUUAUGACAGAAUUUAAUCCAGAAAACUAAUAAUUUUUUUUUCUUUACAUAUUUGAAGACACAUGUAUUAACUGAAUUUAAGCAUUGUGGGUCGAAACUAGGCCUACGAUCAAAACAUCUGAGACGAACAAACAAUACAAUGACAUGGAUGAUCAAGGACCGGGAACAGUGGUGUAACGGUUAUGAGCUCUCACUGGCUAAAGCCAGAACCCCAGAGCCUUAAAGGGCCCCAGUAAAUUCAAAAAUUGUUUUACAAACAAAGAACCAAGGCCUUUUUCCAAGCCAGAGUAUGCAAAUGUUAAAUAUGUUUUUAAUUAAUACCGUACUCUAUAACUAACACCCAAUUCACACUUGAUAAAAUGAUCCUGAUGAUAAAAUGAUUCCUGAUGGUGACAUAAUUAAUGUCGAAAUAUUGAAUCCCAACACGAUGGCGUGUAUUUCAAUACUUUGAGUAUGUAUUAUACUUUCUUAAAUAUGUUUCUGUUUCUAUUAUUAUUAAAAAGUGUUUGUAAUCAUUAGUUACA